UUCAGAGAGUUCCAGUUUGCUCAAACCAUGAUCUUUGCGAUCGAGGAGAUCAACAGCGACGCAGACUUCCUGCCAGGUGUCAGGCUUGGAUACAAGAUCUACAACAACUGUGGUACCAUGGACAUCCUGAGAGCGGCCAUGGCACUGCUGAGCGGCCAGGAGACCCUCGUCGGUGACAGUAGCUGCAGCGACACGGUCCCCGCCAUCCUGGGCCACUCUGGCUCCACGCCCACUAUAGGAUUCGCCCGGCUGGUGGGGAGAUUUCAGAUACCAGUGAUCAGCCACUUUGCCACCUGUGAGUGUCUGAGCAACAGGAGAGAGUACCCCUCCUUCUUCAGGACCAUCCCCAGUGACUACUACCAGAGCAGAGCCCUGGCCAAGCUAGUGAAGCACUUCGGCUGGACCUGGGUGGGGGCCGUGUGCAGUGACAAUGAUUACGGUCUCAAUGGCAUGGCCACCUUCAUUCAAGCUGCAGAGGAGGAGGGAGUUUGCUUAGAGUACUCUGAGGCUUUUGAAAGUUCAGGGCCGAUUAAUAAGUUACUCAGGGUAGUUGAGAUCAUUAAGAAGUCCACUUCCAAGGUUAUUGUAGCCUUUGUGACACAAAGGGAGAUCAAGGUGCUGGUGCAGGAGCUGUACAGACAGAAUAUCUCAGGGCUGCAGUGGAUAGGCAGUGAUGCCUGGAUCACGGACACGUCCCUAAUUGACAGGCAGGAACUGGGUAUCCUGGUGGGAUCUGUGGGUUUUGCUGUCAGCACGGCUCACAUCCCCGGCCUUGGGGAGCAUCUGAAGAAGGUCCAUCCCUCCCAGUUCCCCAACAGCAUGUUUCUCCGAGACUUCUGGGAAACGGUUUUUGACUGCUCUCUGAAUGAGAACGUGGAAAGUCAUAGAAUGCCGUGCAAUGGCUCUGAGAGUCUCAGACAUGUGAACAACGAGUUCACGGACGUGUCUGAUGUGAGGUUUUCUAAUAACGUAUACAAGGCUGUGUAUGCAGUGGCUCACGCCCUGCACAACCUGCUCUCCUGUGAGCACGGCCAGGGUCCGUUCACUAACAGGAGCUGUGCUGAACUCACACACAUCCAGCCGUGGCAGGUUCUACAUUACUUGCAGACGGUGAAUUUCACCACCAAGGGGGAAAGUGUUUUUUUUGACAGCAAUGGAGACUCUCCAGCCAGAUAUGAGCUUGUCAGUUUGCAGCCAGCCCACAGUGGCACCAUGAAAGCUGUGACUAUCGGUAUCUAUGAUGCUUCCCUGCCCGCGAGUCACCAGUUCAUGAGACAUAAUACCACUGUUGUCUGGGGAGGAGGGGAGACCAAGGUCCCUGUGUCUGUGUGCAGUGAGAGAUGUCCCCCUGGAACUCGUAAGGCCGUGCAGAAAGGAAAGCCUCUCUGCUGCUACGACUGUCUCCCAUGUGCAGAGGGAGAGAUCAGCAACCACACAGACUCCCUAGACUGUGUGAAUUGUGCACAUGAAUACUGGUCCAACAGACAGAGAGACGGCUGUGUACCCAAACAAAUAGAAUUCUUGGCUUAUGAUGAAACCAUGGGAGCAAUCCUAGUCUUUUGUUCAUUGCUGGGGAUCUCUCUGACUCUGGGAACCAUCCUCAUCUUCUACUGUAGCAGAGCCACGCCCAUCGUCAGGGCCAACAACUCAGAGCUCAGCUUCCUGCUCCUCUUCUCUCUGACUCUGUGUUUCCUGUGUUCUCUCACCUUCAUCGGCCGGCCCUCUGAGUGGUCCUGUAUGCUGCGCCACACGGCGUUUGGGAUCACCUUUGUCCUCUGCAUUUCUUGUGUUCUGGGGAAGACUAUAGUGGUACUGAUGGCCUUCAGGGCUACACUUCCAGGAAGUGAUGUCAUGAAAUGGUUUGGGCCUUUACAGCAGAGACUCAGUGUCCUGGCUUUCACUCUCAUCCAGGUCCUGAUCUGUGUGCUGUGGUUAACAAUCUCCCCUCCUUUCCCCUUUAAGAACAUGGAACACUAUAAUGACAGGAUCAUUCUAGAAUGUGCCUUAGGUUCUGCUGUGGGCUUCUGGGCUGUGCUGGGGUAUAUAGGACUCCUGGCUCUCUUGUGCUUUGUCCUGGCUUUCCUGGCCCGAAAGCUGCCUGAUAACUUCAAUGAAGCCAAGUUCAUCACCUUCAGCAUGUUGAUAUUCUGUGCUGUCUGGAUCACCUUUAUCCCAGCUUAUGUCAGCUCUCCUGGGAAGUUCACUGUAGCUGUGGAGAUCUUUGCCAUCCUGGCCUCCAGUUUUGCUUUACUUUUCUGUAUAUUCGGCCCUAAAUGUUUCAUCAUAUUACUGAGGCCCAAUAAAAAUACUAAGAAGCAUAUCAUGGGGAAGACCUCCAAAGACAUCCAAUAUUAG